UUGUGAUAUUCUUUUAAAGCUUAUGCUUCUUUCUUCCUUUAGGAGAAGGCGCCUUUGACAACAUAGAAGAUGCCACUGUCAUUAAAGGAGCCUUCUUCCUUUAGGAGAGCUGGGUUCCAAGACUUACCCACGACUCCAGCUUGAUCCUUUAGAACAUAGUCUAGGUCCUCAUGGAUUUUAGACUUAGAAUAGAGACCAAUAAAGAUAUUUGCAAUCUAAAGGCGUGUCUAACGAACGCUGCCUUGUUCCCUCCAGCACACCUGAUUAUGUCAGAGGCUGUGUGCGACUGCUUCGAGAUCAUGGGGAAGAAACAGAACAAGGCGCAGGUUCCACCAGCAGCCGAGCCUCAGAACAAGAAGCCCUCAACGAGUAAACCAUCCAAGAAAUCAAACUCCAGCAAUACAGUCGCCCCUCCGACGCACAAGGACCUCGAGGAAGCCCUCAAAGCACUGGAUGUCAGGGACCUGAAACAGCGUCUGGCUCACAGUCAGACUCUGUUCCCAGACAAUCCAUCCUUCUGGGUCGAAGCCCUGGCCGAGUACCUCCACCUCAAUCUGACUGCGCCGGAGACAGAGCCCACUCACUGCAGCUGCGCUCACGACUACCCAUACUGCCUUACAGGGCAGGAGCUGAGGGAUGUGAUUGAAGGCCUCAUCAGAGGCUGCAGAGACGUUCUGCCACGUUGCUUCGACCACUGUGUUUACGCCAUGCUCACGGAGCUGGACAGGCUGUCAGGAGAACCACUUCAUGGCUACAGAGUUUGCAUCCAGGCAAUUUCAAAGGACCAACCCACAACAGCCACCCAACAUCUGCCAGAGGUAAUGUUGAGUCGUUUAAUACCAGAACUAACUGCUCCACCAGCACAAGGUGAAUCAAGUGUUUCACUGUGUGUUUCAGUGUGGCUGGGCAUCAUGCUUCCUGUGCUCGGUGUGAAAUCCUUGUCUGCGUAUGUCAUUGCCUAUCUGGAUCUACUUCUCCUACAUCAUCCAGACCUGACAAUGGGAUUUGACAUCAUUGGACCUAAAGAGUUCUUUCCUUUGCUGUAUUUCGCCUUCAUGCCCGAGAUUGCCCUGUCAUCAAGUCUGCAGGGGCAGCUGAGGCGUCUGUACCCACGACUCAAAGAGAAAGCAACAUUCAAAUCUAAACUCCACCAGUAAAUAUAGGGGGCCACACAUGAGGAUGUAGUUACGAUUUUGAAGCUGAUUUUCCUCUUUCCUUUCUCCAGUCUGCUGUUGAAUCAUUUGUUGAAGUCCUGGAAAGUCCUGCCACCAAAACUGCGGAAGAACCUCGAAGAAACAAGCCAGUCGUUCCGAGUGACCAUUGAGGAGAUGAGCGACACCGUUGAGACUCCGGAGCUUCACGAGUGCAUUAAACUGUGUCAGAUGAGACGCACAAAUCUGCAGGUGAAGAUGCGUGGUCGUGGGCUCCCCUGGUCCAAGCUGCUCAUGGUUCUUCUGGUCAAGUAUCUCGCCGACUUCAUGGCCUACGUCGUCAUAUCUCACGGCUCCUUCACAGAUUCCAGCACAGCGAGGUAUCUGCACAAUUCAGGGGUAACGGCCGUAUCUCAGCAGGCCUGGGGCAAAAUAACAGUCUAUUCAAAACAUGGCUUCGGCUGGGUGGAGACAAACACCCUGUAUUAUUACUCGGAGAGUGUGCGGGUCCUGAGGCCACUAGUGACCCAAGCCAUGGAGAAGUCUAAAGCAGCAUCCGUUUUCAUCUCUUAUCACAUCAUCCUCUGGGAGAGAGAAAAGAUGCCGCUGGUCAUAGAAUGGGUCUGCACCAACACUCUAGACAGUGUGUUCCAGGUGUUGUCGUAUGUGAGGGAGCUGCUCCGCCCCCUUUAUCUCAACUACAUCCUGCCAGCUCUGGCUUUUUUGGGCCUUGAUUUAUAAGUAAUGUUGCUCUGAGUCU